AUGGGUAAAGGUAACGCUCUACCACCAGCAGCACGAGGCGCGAUCUGUGAUAUUGAUGUCGGUGGGGCAGCACCGAUAGCGCAAAGAGUGCGUCCGGUUGCACCCAAAUAUCGGGAGAAGCUGUCAGAUCUCAUCAGAGGACUAUUAGCAGCCAAAAUCGUUCCGCCAUCCACGUCACCUUGGGCGUCUCCGAUAGUGGUGAUCAUCAAGAAGAACGGAGUGGAUAUUCGCCUUUGCAUUGAUUAUCGAAGAGUGAACCAGCUGACGCGUCUGAUGGUUUAUCCCAUGCCGUUGAUCAGCGAUCUGUUGGAAGAUCUGGAUAAAGCUCUAUGGUACUGUUCGCUAGACAUGGCUAGUGGAUUUUGGGUCGUCGAAAUGACUGAACGAGCAAAACUGAUUUUAGCGUUUGUCACACCGUUUGGCUUGUUCGAGUGGCUGCGAAUGCCUUUUGGGCUUAAAAACGCGCCCCAGAUCUACCAACGUCUGGUGGACCAUGCGUUGUAUGGAUAUCUCAAGAUCGGCCAGAGAUCAGCUUCUGAUGGCCCGAUCGACGUGUUCAAAGAUGGAGAACCUGAGACAGAUCGACGACCGUCUUUACUGGGACGCCGAUCUUACAUUGACGAUAUUCUCAUACCAGCCACGUCAUGGGGAUCUUUGUACACAAAAGUAGAACGGUUGCUGGAGGCAUGUGAUAAGUGGAAUCUGUCUAUCAGCCUCACGAAGAGAUUUUGGGGGUGCCGUAAGGUCGAUUAUUUGGGAAAUCGAGUGUCGAUGGAUGGUCUGGAGGCUCAGCCCAAGAACCUAGAGUCGUUGGUUAACAUCCCGUUUCCUAGCACGCUACGAGCUAUGCAAUCCUUUCUCGGGAGCUUGAACUACUACCGUCGCUUCAUUGAGGAUUUCGCGGUGUAUGCCGCGGUGUUGUAUGAGUUAAGAGAAUCGGAUUUCUUCGAGAUCGGCCAAUCUCAGCUUGCAGCAGGAGACGAAUGCUCCAACGAGGGUCGAUGGACGGAAGCCAAGGUUGCUUUCACUAUGCUAAAAGCUAAGAUAGGAACAGCUCCCAUGCUCAAGCAUUUCGACCCAGAUCGGUCCCCCGUAAUCGUGGUCUACGCUAGCAAGUGGGCUGUCUCAGCGGCCCUGAUACAGGAGUACGAUGGCGAUUAUCAUCCGGUUACGUUUACUAGCCGCACUUUAAAGCCUAAUGAGCUUAACUACGGAACGGUAGAAAAAGAAGUGCUGGCGCUACUUCGUGUGUUGGAUGUAUGCUAUACUACGCUUGCCUCGCGGGAGAUCACUGUACUGACCCGACAUUCUACGUUAGCCUGGUUGAUGCAGUCUCGAGGGCUCAACGGGAGAUUAGGACGGUGGGCUGCUUUGUUGUCAAAUUGGACUAUGGAGGUGCAGAAAUGUGAAAGAGGAGAGGAAGAGAUCCUGGGCAUGUUAGCAGCGAGUAUCACUCCGAGAGGAGAAGUGGAAGAGAUGCUGAUUGCGAUCUCCCCACGAAAAGACUGUCGACUCAAAAUAUCUAUGCCUCCUCCAACGGUGGAAACAGAUGAGGAGUUGCUGGUGGCCAGUUUCGAUGGAUCGGCUAGGAUAAAAAAGAAAGGAGUGUCGUUCAAUGCCGUGAUAUGGAAGUUACCCGAAUGGACGAUCGUGGCGGCCGAAUCGAGAUAUGUUCACGAUCUGACUGUGAAUGAAGCUGAGUAUAAUGGCUUGCUACUGUGCUUCGAUCUACUGGCCGAUCUGGACAGGGGAAGAAUAAUCUUUUGUGGGGACUCUAAUUUGGUAAUCCGCCAGAUGCGCGGUGAGAUCGACUGCAAAGCCCCGGGCCAGCGACUCUUGAAACAUAAAGCGUUAGAGAAAUCGCGAUCUUGGCCUAGUCACGAGUUUCUGCAUAUGAAGCGAGAGUGGAACCAGAUCGCAGAUCGACUAGCCAGCACAGCAUUGCAGAAUGAAAAGGGAAGAACCGUUGUAGCUGAAGAGGAUCGGCAGGAUCUGAUGACCCUGAACCGUCUCGAUGAAUUGUUGAAGCCCAAGCAAAAUGGUCAGCUGGCUCGAAUAACUGCGAUCACGAGAUCAGCCGGGAGGAUACGUCAUGAACCUGAAGUGAUACAGGAGGAGAUAGUACAGAGGACUAGGAUUCAACGAAUUGUCCAAGCUCAAGAUGAAGAGCGUUGGAUUGUCAAUCUCAAGACAUAUCUAAGUGGCGAUGUAUCAAACUUGGAUGCGGUAGAAGUGAAGAUGUGCGCCAAACUGGCACCGGAAUACGAGAUCGAUGAGAACAAUCUGCUAUUUUUUUGCCCCAUGGCGAAAAGAGAGUCGGAAGAUCGCGAUGGUUUGAUGCGGUUGGUGAUCCCUGAGACGUUUCAGCAGGAUUUUUUGCAUCACUAUCACACGAGUCUGGAAGGAGGCCAUCAGGGUAUUGGACGAACCUAUCAGAGGAUCAGAUCGCGAUUUCAUUGUAGAGGACUGUAUCGGAGCGUUCAACGAUAUGUGGGCGAAUGUACCGACUGUGAGACCGGGAAAGGAAACCCGAUGAUUCAUGGGAAAUCCCCGGGCAAUCUGCACGCAACCUAUCCAUUCCAGUUAAUCGCCAUGGAUCAUAUACCGUCGUUGCCCAAGUCCAUCACGGGGAACACCGAACUGCUCAUUUGGGUCGGCCUUUUCUCGGGAUAUGUGAUUGCAAAGGCUAGCUCCUCUCGAAGGGCACAACCAAUAGCGGAGAAUUACGAAGAAUAUAUGUUUUGA